AUGAAUAAAUUGAGAGGUUACCGAAAAUUCACGAAAGAUAGCUCAACAAGGCUGGAGCAAGGUGAUAGCUAUACUCAAGGGCUUGUAUACGAUCAGCAUGUUCAGCAAAAGCAAAGGAACAUGGUGUUUAGACAGUUAUUUGGUGGUGCAAGAUCUCCCUUAUUCACUUGGGUAUCAGGCGUCGUAAUGAUAGGUGUCUUCAUAUACGAAAUAGUUAGAAACCACGAAUUAUCGGGCAGCUGGAUAAUGACAAAUCCUUUCAAUCCGAUGGUCGGACCCAAUUAUAUGGCUCUGAUAACCAUGGGCAGUAAAUUCGUUCCAUGUAUGAGAGAAAUUCAAAAUUACUCCCCAGCAACAGUUCUAGGAAAUUGUUACUCAUCUUUGGAGGCAACCUGUUCUGUCGAACAGGUUUGCGGAUUUGGAGGUUUUCGUGGAACGGCACCAAGCCAAGGUUUUCGAUUCUUUACAGCCAUUUUCAUUCAUGCAGGCGUUGUUCAUAUUUUAAUGAACUUAGUGACUCAUUUUCAAACUGGUGCAGAAGUAGAACGUGCUUUGGGGUUAAUUCGCUAUAUGAUCCUGUACAUUGUGUCAGGCAUAUGGGGUUUCAUUCUAAGUGCUGUGUUAGCUGGACCUACAGUUUCCUCAAUGGGAUGCUCUGGUGCACUUUUUGGAAUCAUUGGUUAUACAGUAAUUGAUCAUCUUAUGCAAUGGAAACAGCAUAGACAUCCACGCCGUGAGUUUAUGAGAAUAGUUAUAGUGAUAGUUAUUUCUCUGGUGCUAGGCCUACUUCCUGGUUUAGACAAUUUCGCUCAUAUUGGAGGGCUCUUGAUGGGCUUACUGUUGGGAAUUACACUUGCUCCCUUCAACCGUCAUGCAUCGCGUAGAGCUACUGUUAUCAUAUGGACAGUAAAAAUCUUGUCCUUUGUUUUGGUUAUUAUACUUUAUGCUAUUCUUUUAUCGAAAUUCUACUCCACAACCGACUUAUCAACCGUUUGCCCCAACUGUAAAUAUUUAUCCUGCUUGCCUGUCAAUGGCUGGUGUGACAAUGUUUAA